UGCAACCUUGCAACGUCCAUGAUGUCGUCGGGGGCGUGGCUUAAGUUGUAUGCCACAAAAAGAAAGUGGCUCUAACGGAUCAGAAAAUGUAAUUGUUUAUCUGCUGCUACUGAAAUGACUCCGAAAAGACUUAUUUGCUCGGUGAUUUCUCGUUUACAUCAGUCGAGUGUUUAACUGAAACACUUAAACAUGUAGCACUUUUCUGAGUUUUGACGGUAAUCCUAGGUAUGCUAACAGUACUCGGCUAAAUGUGUGAACUUCAGUCAGCUGUUUCUGGUUUCGAGCUCUUCCUGUCAUGGAGUGCGCGAAUAUUUCCAAAUAUUCCUGGCUGGAUUUGGCGUUCACCGUGAUCGGCGUGUGCACCUAUCUGUUUGACGUUGGCUCGGACCUGUGGGUCGCGAAGGAGUUUUACGUGCAUGGAGAGUUCAUCUGGUUCGGGGUCUUGGUGGGCUUCAUGCUCGUAUCAUCUGUCACCGUUCAGCUUUUCAGCUGGUUUUGGCUUCAGUAUGACCGCAAACUUGAGAACUUCGAGUGUCAGGAGUCCGCCGGGAAUGCCGUUUUGUUCAGUGGAGCGAAAAGAGUCACAUUUUCGCUGCUUUUGCACGUUUUCCAGCUGGGACUGUUUAUCAGGCACAUAUCUGCGAUCUGUCAGGGAUUUCGUGUGUGGUGUCAUGGAGGUGAAGGCUCUGAAUAUGCGGUUUAUCAGACUCAUGACCUCAGCAUGCUGCGUCUGAUUGAGACGUUUUGUGAAAGCGCACCUCAGCUCACCCUUAUGAUGUACAUCAUGCUGCGCAACAACCACGCAAGGAUUGUCCAGUGUGUGAGUGUGGUGGCCUCUACUACCUCUAUGGCCUGGAUGGUGGUGGAUUACCACCAGUCUCUUCGUUCAUUUCUGCCAGACAAAGACAAGCAAGGGUGUUUGUCUUCAGUGGUCUACUUCUUCUGGAACCUCUUUCUGAUUGCUCCACGUGUGGUAGCAGUGGCUCUCUUUGCCUCCGUGUUGCCCUGUUUUAUUGCUGUUCACUUUCUGUUAUUGUGGUCUGUAUUUGUGUUAUGGGCCUGGAGGCAAGGCACUGAUUUUAUGGACAGCCCCCCUGGAGAAUGGCUCUACCGGGCCACCAUAGGUCUCAUCUGGUACUUCAGCUGGUUCAACGUGUCAGAAGGACACACCAGAGAUAGGGGUUUCAUCUACCACAUAUUUAUGAUGGCUGACACCAGCAUCUUUUUGACAACUUGGUGGAUGUACCGCGACGUAGAGGCGACUCAAUCAUACGCCGUCAGUCUGAUAAUCGCAAUCCCGCUUUGUUACAUCUUAGGGCUAAUGAUAAAAGUCCUCUACUAUUGCUGUUUUCAUCCAAAACUGUGGCGGCCACCGGAUUUGAGGGUGGCUGCUGAUGCAUCAGAUGGAUUGGAGCCGUUCAGUAUUGUUAAGACUGUCGGUGCUUCUUUUCAAAGCAUCAACAACAGGAUGUGCAAACAUGCUGCUAACUUUUACGUAACAAAUACCUCCCGUGCAUUGAAGACACAUGAAUGUGAAGCACGUAUGUGAAUGUGUCAGUACUUUACAAAUGGGUCAUACCUGUGUUUAUCUUUAUUCAAUUUGUGAAAUGUUAAUAGCUAGUUAAAAUGAUAACGCUACAGUUCGCAUGGAUAGUCACUUUAUGUAAUAAAGGAAUACUUCACCCAAAGUCAA